CAGAUCAUGUGAAAGGGCGAUAUCAAGAAAAUUUCUCACCUGAUUGGCCUUGAGUAGACAUCUUCAAGUUUGGUUUGAGUGGGAGGCUGGGGAUGUCCAAGAUCUUGAGAAAGGUUCAAUUUUGCGAUGCCAAAUGAAUGCGCUGAAACUACGCUGCCAGAACCCAUUCCUUUCUUUCUUUUUAGAAAACUCAAAAAGUUGUUCCUUGCCUCGAACCGUGUUCUCCGAUAAGGAUAUAAUCUUAGAUUUCAAUGUGGGAGUCUUUUUGGACAUCAUUCUCAAACACAACAACAACAACAACAAAUCUGGUCUCAUCCUUGUCUACCCCACUCGAGCCUCCAAAUGGGACAAUAGGAUGUCAGCAGUAAUCCCAGAAGAGGAGGAGACAUUUUACUGUGUGGGGCUGCUGCAUUCAAGUGGGUUGAGUGAGUGGGAGGAUGCAGACAGGCAAAAUCAAGAAAUAUUGGAUUUCUGCAAUGGAGCUGGCAUCAAAAUCAAGCAGUAUCUUCCCCAUUACAGCUCCCAGGAAGACUGGUCAAACCAUUUUGGAUCAAAAUGGAACCUUUUCCAAAUGAGAAAAUCUCUUUUUGAUCCUAAAUUCAUAUUAUCCCCUGGCCAAAGAAUUUUUGUUGCUUCAUCAUCAUCAUCAUAUGUUGGAG